AGGAAGGCACCUUUGAAUUUGUGAAUCAGAUUUAAUGCUGCAUCCUCACAGGUAUCCUCUUGUAAACUAGCUUAACACCCUUGAAAUGUGACCAACUUCAUGGCGCGAUAAAUUGAAAAGUACAGAAGUACACAAGCAAAGAGAGCGCUCAGUUGAAUGGUUGAAAUUUGUGAUCAUAUGCGUAAGAGUGUUUAUCGGCUGCCAGACAUAUAUUAUGAAAGCAAUGUCCCAUCAUUAUAUAGUGACGGCGCACAAACCAACGGCUGUCACUGCCUGCGUGACUGGUAAUUUUACUUCGCCUACGGAUUUAAAUCUGAUAUUGGCUAAGAAUGUACGUUUGGAGAUAUACCUUGUAACACCAGAAGGUUUGAGACCCCUAAAAGAAGUCGGUAUCUAUGGUAAAAUAGCAGUCAUAAAAUUCUUCAGACCGCCGCACGAGAAGAAGGAUCUUCUGUUUUUAUUAACAACAAGUUACAAUGCUAUGAUUCUGGAAUGUAUGGGCGAAGGAGAAGAUAUAGAGAUUAUAACAAAGGCUCAUGGAAAUGUGGCAGAUCGUAUCGGAAAAGCUUCUGAAACUGGGAUCAAAGCUGUUAUUGAUCCAAAAGCUCGAGUAAUCGGUCUUAGAUUAUACGAUGGUCUCUUUAAGAUUAUACCCUUGGACAAAGAUAAUCCAGAAUUGAAAGCAUCUUCUAUUCGUAUGGACGAACAGCAAGUGCAAGAUGUUAAUUUUCUUCAUGGAUGCACUAAUCCUACUUUAAUUUUAAUUCAUCAAGAUAUUAAUGGUAGGCAUGUGAAAACACAUGAAAUCAAUUUGAGGGAAAAAGAAUUUUCAAAGAUACCUUGGAGGCAGGAUAAUGUAGAGCGGGAAGCUAUGAUGGUCAUUCCUGUACCUUCCCCUAUCUGUGGCGCAAUCAUAAUAGGACAGGAGAGUAUUUUAUAUCAUGAUGGUACUACAUAUGUUGCCGUAGUACCACCAAUUAUAAAGCAGAGCACUAUUACUUGCUACGCCAAAGUGGAUAAUCAAGGAUUAAGAUAUUUACUGGGAGAUAUGGCUGGUCAUUUAUUUAUGUUGUUUUUAGAGCUAGAAAAGAAGCCCGAUGGAACACAAGUGGUGAAAGACUUGAAAGUCGAGUUAUUAGGCGAAAUCAGUAUACCAGAAUGUAUAACUUAUCUGGAUAAUGGUGUAAUAUAUGUCGGUAGCCGUCUAGGUGAUUCCCAAUUGAUCAAAUUAAUUACAAAAGCAGAUGAAAAUGGAUCCUAUUGUGUACCUAUGGAAACUUUCACUAAUCUGGCACCUAUUGUCGAUAUGGCUGUAGUAGAUCUGGAAAGACAGGGUCAAGGACAAAUGGUGACGUGUUCGGGCGCUUUUAAAGAAGGUUCUCUUAGAAUUAUUAGAAACGGCAUUGGCAUACAAGAACACGCAAGUAUUGACUUACCAGGGAUUAAAGGCAUGUGGGCUCUAAAAGUUGGCGGUGGUAACUUUGAUAAUACAUUGGUAUUAUCGUUUGUUGGACAAACUAGAAUCUUGACUUUAAACGGCGAAGAAGUUGAAGAGACAGAUAUACCGGGUUUUGUCGCAGAUGAACAAACAUUUCAUACGGGCAACGUUACUAAUGAUUUAUUUAUCCAAAUAACUCCAACAUCCGCUAGAUUGAUCUCGCACGAGAGCAAAAUGGUCGUUUCCGAAUGGGAACCGCAAAAUAAAAGAACCAUCAGUGUGGUAGCCUGCAAUGGCACCCAAGUCCUUUGCGCCACAGGAAAUGAUCUGUUCUAUAUGGAAAUUUCGUGCAAUCAGAUUGUACCUAAAGGAUUCGCCACCUUGCAGCACGAAGUAGCAUGCUUGGAUAUUUCCCCUCUGGAUGGCGUAAAUGAGGCCAAAAUUGUCGCUGUUGGACUUUGGACAGACAUAUCUGUUCGUAUCUUGACUUUGCCUGGCUUAGAAGAAAUCAAUAAGGAGCUUCUCGGGGGCGAGAUUAUACCCAGAUCUAUUUUAAUGACUUGUUUCGAGGGCAACACGUACUUACUUUGCGCUCUAGGUGACGGCAGUAUGUAUUAUUUCACCUUGUACAAACAAAGCGGUAUGCUCUCGGACAAGAAAAGAGUCACCUUAGGAACACAGCCUACGGUUCUCAGAACUUUUCGAUCGCUCUCCACGACGAAUGUAUUUGCGUGCUCGGACAGGCCCACCGUAAUUUAUUCCUCGAAUCACAAGCUCGUCUUUAGCAAUGUCAAUCUCAAGGAAGUAAAUCAUAUGUGUUCCUUGAACGCGGAAUCGUAUCCCGACAGCCUGGCUUUAGCGACAGAUAGCACCGUCACGAUCGGUACAAUUGACGAAAUUCAGAAGCUGCACAUAAGAACGGUUCCGCUCGGAGAGUCUCCGAGGAGGAUCGCUUAUCAGGAAAGCUCUCAAACUUUUGGCGUUAUCACGAUGCGUGUCGACGUGCAAGAGAGCAGCGGAGUAAGUAUCGUCAGGCAUUCUGCAUCUACUCAAGCAGCUUCCAUGUCCAGUAGCAGUCACAUCGCGUCACACAACAAACCCAGUGGACACACAGCCAGCGAGAUUGGCCAAGAGAUCGAGGUACAUAAUCUUCUCAUCAUCGACCAGCAUACUUUUGAGGUCCUGCAUGCGCAUACACUAAUGCCGAGCGAGUACGCGUUAUCACUGAUCUCGACGAGAUUGGGCGAGGAUCCGACCUCUUAUUUUGUGGUCGGAACAGCGUUUAUAAAUGCCGACGAGACUGAGCCGAAAAUGGGCAGAAUAUUAUUGUAUCAUUGGAGCGACGGAAAGCUCACGCAGGUCGCAGAGAAGGAAAUCAAGGGUUCCUGCUAUUCUUUGGUAGAAUUUAACGGGAAACUUUUGGCGAGUAUCAACAGUACAGUACGAUUAUUCGAAUGGACCGCGGAAAAGGAACUCAGAUUGGAAUGCAGCCAUUUUAAUAACAUUAUAGCGCUUUAUUUAAAAACCAAGAGUGAUUUUGUCUUAGUGGGUGAUCUUAUGAGAUCCCUCACAUUACUUCAGUACAAGACUAUGGAAGGCAGUUUCGAGGAGAUAGCUAGGGACUACAACCCCAAUUGGAUGACUUCUAUUGAAAUAUUAGAUGACGAUACUUUCUUAGGGGCUGAAAAUUGUUUCAAUCUUUUUAUAUGUCAAAAGGAUAGUGCCGCGACAUCCGAAGAUGAGAGACAACAAAUGCAGGAGGUAGGCCAGUUUCAUUUAGGUGACAUGGUCAACGUUUUCCGGCAUGGUUCAUUAGUGAUGCAGAAUUUGGGAGAAUCAAGCACGCCUACGCAGGGUUGUGUAUUGUUCGGAACUGUUAGCGGUGCAAUCGGUCUUGUGACGCAAAUUCCGUUUGCGUUUUACGAAUUCCUGCGCAACUUGGAGGAUAAAUUAACCAGCGUAAUAAAAAGUGUAGGCAAAAUAGAACAUAACUUCUGGAGGAGUUUCAAGACGGAUUUAAAAAUUGAGCAAUGCGAAGGAUUUAUAGACGGUGAUUUAAUAGAAUCUUUCCUCGAUUUAAGCCACGACAAAAUGACGGAAGUUGCAAUGGGCCUUAUGAUCGAUGAUGGCAGCGGUAUGAAGAAGGAAGCGACAGUAGACGAUCUUGUAAAAAUAGUAGAAGAUCUCACAAGGAUACAUUAAAUGUUUUACAAGUAAACAAUAUUAUAAGUGUGGAAAAUAUCUAUAAGGAUACGAGAAGAUAUAAGAGAGAUUUAAAUGGCUAUUUAUGCGGGAAGGCAAACGUUUAUCUUUGUUAUUAUAUCAUUGGUAGCAUGCAAUGACAUUAAUGGCAUUACAAAAGCAGCAUGUAAUAACGUAAAUCUUCUCUUUCGCGAUCCCUAUAUCCUUUCGUAUACGUACGAAUAUAUAUAAAUACAUCACCAAUGUUGUUUUAUGAUGUUAAAGAUUGUGAAAAAAUUAAGAUUCCUCCAUCGCUCGUUUUUUAGCAUCCUUAGUGACAAGCAGUAUUUUU